CGCACACCCACUACCCGUGGAUCUUUUUUUUCCGCGCGUGCCCUAGCCCUAUUUUCUCGAGACACGUCCUCACCACCUGUCGCGCUCGAAGAUCGCCGGCGAACGCUCAACCGCCGGUGUUCCUCUCCUUCCCGGAGCUCCUAUCCGAGGGGUUUCACGCUAGCAUUUGGUCUCUCUCCCGCCUCUGCAGAACUUUGCUCGGGUCUUCCGCUCCCGUCGGCCCUAGCCCCCUCUCACGCGAAAACCUAGCAGGAUCCCGGAUCCCUAGCUCCUCCUUCGGUUGCUCGGAACCGAAACCCUCGCUCGUCGGCUUCCACUCCCGCCGGCAAAACUUCCGUCGGCGAAGCCCCCGCUGUGAGCCUCCUGCACCUAUCCGGCGCAUCCUCUUUUCCCGAGGUCCUCCUCGCCGGCAAUCCGGGCGGCCGUAGGCUCGUGUGAUGUUGCUACCUUAAACUGGCAGGGCACUUUAAUCAAUCCAACCCAUAGUUUUUAGCUGGAAAAUUGUGCUCAUGGGUGAUAAUAUGCAUAUGGAAGUUCAAGAGGAUGAAGAAGAGGAUGACCUGGACUUCAAUCCGCUUUUGAGAGGAGAAACACUUUCAGAAGCAUCUUCUAGUCUGAGUUCUGAAAAUGAAGGUCCAUGUGAUAAUGUCAGUAAACAUAUCCGAGGCUCUCUAGAUAGAAAACUCAGCACUUCAUCUUCAAGAGUAGAGGAGAAGAUGGACAGUUACAGCCAAGAAUCCGUAAAUGAGGAUGAGGAAUCCAUAAUGCAAUUUGAUAAUUCUUCCGAGAAAUCAAUCAAACAGUUACAAAUGUCAACUUUUAUUGAAGCACGCAACGAAGAGAUUUCUAUCGUGAAUGGAAAUGUUGCGACUUCCAAUUAUGGGAACAUCAAUGAGCCUAUUGUCGAUGAUAAUGAUGAUGCUAUUUGCAGGCGCACGAGGGCCCGACACUCGCUUACAAAUUACACGCUCGAAGAACUAGAGGCGUUCCUUCAAGAGUCAGAAGAUGACGAUGAACUUCACAAUGUUGACGAUGAAGAAGAAUACCACAAGUUUCUUACUGCCGUUCUUUUGGAAGGGGAUGAGAAUGAGCAAGCAGAUCAAGGAGAGAGAGCUUUCGAUGAAGACGAAGAAAAUGAUGCGGACUUUGAAGUCGAACUUGAGGAAGCACUUGAGAGCGAUGCUGAGGAAACUACUGGAUGUAGCACAGAACAUAGAGGGAAGCAAUAUGGGGAUACUCAUGUACCAGAGACCCGACAAAAGAAACGCCUAAAGGAGUUCGCAAAAAGCAAGAAGUUUCUCUUGGGACAAUCUAAGGCGACAUUACGUCCGAUACUGCCUUAUGUGUCAAAUUCACAGAGACCUCCUUUUCCUUCUUUUGCAUGGCAAAUGCAUUCACCUAUUCGUCAUUCUUCUCAUCACUCUGCAUCUGUUUCCAGUACAGAUCUUAUCAAUGGGUUCACAACCAGCCAAAUCGGACAGCUUUACUGUUUAAUGCAUGAACAUGUUCAGCUUCUUGUCCAAGUUUUCUCUGUUUGUGUUCUCGAUCCUUCCAGACAGCCAAUUGCCAAUGAUUUGCAGAAGUUGAUAUUGGAAUUGAUUGAAAGACAUGAAAUUUCUCUUUCUUGGAGGAAGGUUUCGUAUCCUUCGCUUUGUUUUCAGUCGUCAAAUCUUCAUUCAUCCGUGCAAGUUGAUUCAAAUCAAAGUGCGAGCUGUUACUGGAAGCCUGUAAUUGAUAAUGACUCUGUUUUAUCUAUUCUUGAUGUAGCUCCACUUAAGCUUUUGAAGAAUUACUUGGCUGAUAUUAAAGAAACUGUAUCAAUAUUCAGAAAGAGCUGCUUGGAACAUGGUCCUGUAAAGAGUCAUUCAAGUAAAGAGCCUCUUUUUUCCCUACCGAUGGCAGUCUCUCUGGAUAAUGCAGAUAGCAAUUUUGUAGGAGGAUCCGUGACAGCACCGUUGACAGUUUCGUGUCAACUCCAAUCUGUUCAACAACAACCGAAGAAAUCACUAGCUGCCACACUUGUGGAGAGUACCAUGAAGCAGUCAGUUGCUCUCGUUCCUGCUAUUGCAAAGUUGGCGCAGAGGUUCCUGCAUUUGUUUAAUGCAGCACUUUUUCCUCAUAAGCCUCCGACACCAGCUGUUGCAAAUCGCGUUCUUUUUACGGAUGCCGAAGAUGGUUUAUUAGCGAUGGGAAUAAUGGAGCACAACAAUGAUUGGUUUGCAAUCCAGCAGCACUUUCUUCCGUGUAAAUCUACGCAUCAGAUUUUUGUGAGACAGAAGAACCGCAGCUCUUCAAAAGCUCCUCAAAAUCCUAUAAAGGCAGUCAGGCGCAUGAAAUCCUCCCCUUUGACAGAAGAUGAGAAGGCAGUCAUCUAUGAGGGAUUAAGAAUCUUCAAGCAUGAUUGGCUAUCUGUUUGGAAAUAUUUUGUCCCCCAUAGAGACCCCUCAAUGCUACCACGACAAUGGAGAAUUGCUACCGGAACCCAGAAAUCAUAUAAAAAAAAUGAGGCAGUUAAAGAGAGAAGGCGUCUAUAUGAGGCUAAAAGAAGAAGAUUGAAAGCAUGUAUGACGGAGCAAGAAACUUCAGAAAAGGAGGUAAACUAUGGAGAUAACAGUGAGGGUGACAUGGAUUGUGAAGAUGAAGCUUAUGUUCAUGAAGCUUUUCUAGCAGACAUGGAGGCUGGAAAGUCUAAAAACAUGGCUCCCCAUGGCCAACGUUCAUGCAUUAGCAGUAGUAAUGGUGUAAACUGUACCUCUAUCACAAAUGAUUCUGGUGAAUCAAUACUGGAAACUGGAACUGAAAAUAUGAUUUUGAAUUCUUCAAAAUCACCAAAAGACAUUCAUUGUUUACAUCAAUUUUCCCAAAUAGGAUAUGGCGCAUCUUACAGCAUUUCUUCGAGGCAUCUUUCUUCGUGUCUCAUCUCAGGAACCUCACGAAGUCAUUUAUUGACGCAAUCCUAUCGAGCUCGGAAGAGAAAAGGACUCCGGAUAGUAAAACUCGCUCCGGAUUUGCCUCCCGUGAACCUUCCCCCGUCCGUUCGUGUGAUAUCUCAAUCGGCUUUCAAAGUAUAUCACGGCGAGCCACGACAUUCUAUUGUUAAUGAUAAUCCAUUGAAGGAUCAUGCUCUUAGGGUUUCUCAUGUAGCAGAAGCAGGAGUUAGCGUGCUGAAUCUUAUAGAAAAUACAUGCAAGCUUUCAGAUAAUCAUCACUUGAAAGAUAAUGCUUCUGAAUCUGAUGUCCAGUUGCAUCCAUUACUGUUUCAGAACCCUUCUCGUUUCUUGUUUAAUUGUCAGAACGCCGCUCCGAGUUCGUGCAACUUGCUUGUCGGUUCCCAAUGUUCGAUCGGUAUGGUUAGCACUGCAGAUCCUGGCAAUUCAAGGCGAGGAUCAGCUUUUCCAACUGUUUCAAGUACUGAUUUCCAUCCACUUCUGCAAAGAUUUGAGAAUAAUAGUGAUGGGGUGUCUGCAGAUUUAAUAGUAAAUGGUGCACCAUCUGAAUGUCAAGGUGACGGAAUAACUAAGCUUGACUUGAAUAUUCACUUAUCUUCUACAAUGGACAUGGAAAGGACCGCCAAAGUAGGCGAUAAUCAGAAUGUUGAGCUAAGUGCAUCCACAUCGGAAGAAAGAAUAGUUGAGAAAGUCAGGCGAGCAAAUUUAAAACCUUUUGACUUUACAGACGAAGAACUCAAGGAUUCGAGGGAAGCCAAUUUAUUGAUUCAAUCGACUUCAUUCUAUUCGAAAGAUGGAUUUGGAGAGAGUCAUGAUAUUUCAUGCCACCAUUGCGCAGAAGACUUUCAUGAAGAGUCUAAUCCAGGAAUAGUAAUGGAGCAAGAAGAACUGAGUGAUUCCGACGAUGAAAGCGCAAAUGUGGUGUUUGAAUGUGAAGAUUUAGAGGACUCAGAAGAGGAAGAAGAAUUAUGUGGCGACGCACCUAUGCAAAUUCAAAAUAAGGCUCAAAAUCUUCAUCAACUGCCCCCAUCAAACUCAGCAUUGCAUGCUUCUGUUAAGAGAGGAAAAGCCUGUAAAGGAACUGUUUAUGCUUCUCGUGGCUUCCAUCAUCCAAAGCUAACAAUGUCAAAUAAUGAAAACUGUUGUACAAAAGGUGACAGGUCCUGUAGAAGUUCUCAAAUUUCAAUUUCACCCUCUCCUGCCUGUUCUAAGAAGAGAGGAGACGGAGAAAACUCGAUAUUGCAGGAUUUAACCGUCGGGACAGCUGAGAACAAGACUGCUAGUACCAGAAGAUCAAAAUGCCGUUCUCCUUUGGACUAAUCUCCCAUAGGGUAAGUAACGUUCUGCACAUUUGAAAUAAUGUCUCAAAAUGCAAAAUUGCACACUUUGCCACCUGUGGAAACUGAACCUGUAAAAAUUCUUGGCCAUUGUAUAGUCUUUAUCAGGCAACUGAUUGCAUGAACAAGGGAUGAUUUCGUUCCCUUAUGAUGGGAUAGUUGUAGUUGUUUAGAGGUCAAAUUAGGGAGUAAUUUGUAAAUAUACUUGUGCUGGCCUUAAUUAUUGCAUAUAGCCGUAGGAAUUUUACAUUUUGUUUAUUGA